AUGCACUGGAGGAAACACGACAGUACGGCGGAUCGAAAGAUGCACAGCGACUCAGAUGUCAAUGUCGACCAAGUCGAUGCUGACGAUGGUGAGGCUCAAGCAGAGAUUGAAACACCAACGUCAUCGGCCGUGAGGCCUCGUGUUGAAGAUCACAUUGACUCCUCUGAGGACGAGGUGGUCUGGAAGGGUCGAUUGGAUGUGCGAAAUACUCAUCCUUCUACGAAGAGGCGAACGAAAGCUUCGAGUAUCCCAGGCGCAGAACCUUCAUUCGACCGACAAAGCGAGGCUGCGAAAAACAAGGUGACUGCACCAGGUUAUUCAUACCCAUAUUCUUCUGCGUUCUACCAGCCAUAUGCGCAGUCUUUCUGGCCAUAUCCGCCAUCUUAUCCAUCAAUCUAUCCGCCGGCCUACCCACCAGCCUACCCACCAGCCUAUCCACCAGUCUACCCACCGACCUAUCCGUGGUUCUAUGCUUUACCUGGACCAUACAAGAUUCCGAAUCUAAUAACUCAAAACGGUCCAGCGCAGCAAAAUCCCCGUGAUGGAGAACAGUCUAACGUGGCUCACCUUGACGACCGAAUAGGGCUUGAGACAACGAUCACCCGUAACGGAAACCCCAGAACUAGGAGCGUCACGUUUUCUAGUGAGACCGCAACAACUGGCAAACAGCGGACUAAGUCGACGAGGAAGAAAUCCACAUUGAUGAAUGAAAACACACUCAAAGGAGAUAAGCAGUCUGAUUAUGCUGUGUCGGGAAGCUUAUCGUAUGAGGGCCCGAUUUCAUUGUCUCGUGAUGGCAAUGAUAUCUGGGAUGAGAAUGUCGCUGAACCGGUUGUUAAAGAGUCGCCACCGCCACCAGAACCGGAGCCUUCCUCGCCACCAGAUGGGGAGAAGAGCUCUGACUGGGGUUCGAGUUCGAUAUGGGGCGCAUCUAAGAAAAACAAAAAGAUAAAGAGAAAGAAGAAUCAAUUCGUUGAGCGAGAUUCAACUCCCACAGCUCUAUCCAAGCCUAUAAUCGAAGAUGCCGCUUCUGUUGGCCAAUCCGUCGCUUCUCAUUGCGGAUCACAAGAUCAUCCACUCUACCCUAUUGUGGAUUCUGCGUCAAUCCUGGCUUCUACACGCCAUAGGGGCCAGGAUAAGCCUCUGGAUGAAGUCAACCCAGAACACAUCAUUGAAGAAGAUGCCAACAGGAGUCAUGUGCCGUAUCUAGCCAUCGAAGAUGCACAGUGGAUGUCGAAGGACGCCGCAAUUCAUGAGUCUUUCUCGCAACGAGCACCGACAAUCGACCUUGCUAGUGAACAUAUUGUCAGACCCGCAACGCAUAUCAAUCCAAAUAAUUUGGUCAUCCCGGUCACGGUCCAGAACAGCCAUACCGCUUUCUACUCGCAGUUUUCAAUGCCAUCACAAAUGAAGUGGCCUGACCAUAGGACUUCUGUUGGAAAUAGAAGCAUGGAUGUCAACAAGGUUGUCAGCGCAAAACGUUUAAGACGAAGGGAUGGCUCGUAUUCGAUGGAGCUUUACUGCAACGAAGGGCCGUCUUCUACCAAGAAAGAUGGCGAUUAUCAAAUGCAGUGGCUGCACCUGCAGACAAAUCGCUUGAACCUCACAGAAUUUGAGGACGCUUGCUUGAGUGCUCCGGGAAUCAAUGGCAAAACAAAAUUCGUAUUGCUGACCCUUCUCGAACAGGUCCAAGCUAAACAUCAAAAGCAGCUGUUCGAUGGGUAUCUCAUCGAACCUGGUACAGUGCUCCGGUGCGAUGGCAAUUCUCCUGGUGACGCCGAAGUCAUGCAGCCGUCUGCGACCUUUAUGUGCUUUCCGUACCUCUCGGUAGAUAUGCGCAAGCGGACCGUUCAUCCGCCUGUGCUUGGCCACCCGACCAGAAGUAUACUGCAAACACUCUAUCCAUACGAAUCGACUGCAUUCCGUGAGGAACCUCCAAGCUUUUGUAGUGAUCAGCCCGCAGCGUCAGAUCGGGUUCUUUACGUUCCGCAAUGUUGGAUCGUGAUUCUCAACUCUGAUAUUGUAAUAUCGUGCGCUGAGCUCGAUAGUAAUGACAUUACGAAACCAGCGGUUUCGCUCUCGAACCACAAGAAGAAAUUACCACUUGUUGAGGAAUACCCGAUCGAGGACGAUGAUUCUGAUGCUUCGAGCAUGACGAACACUUUCGAUUCCCCAUUGCAGAAUGUCGAUGCUACCACACCUCACGAAACGACAGAUGGAACGAUACCACAGCCACAUGUUGCAGCUGAUGAUCUGAAUGAUCGGGAUCGCAUAUUAACUCAGAACAACUCUUUCAAUGUCGCGAAGCCCAUCAGAAUGCCCCCAUCCACUCUAGGAGGUCCCCACGUCGAUGCAGAUCCCGCGUCCCUUGACACUACCAGUCCUGCCAACGACUUUCACAAAGCGCAAUCCGAGGGCUUAUCACUCACGAUAGAAGAAGCCAGUGAAGUAGAAGAAUCUAUUCUUGCGGUACUGAAUUCGUUGAAGGAGCCUCAAAUGACUACUGAGUACCUGGCAAGGUUCAAAUUGGAGAUCUCUCGUAUACUCGGGAUAUGGAGUCGCGCCCCGCAGAGAGCGCAAAGGCGCGAAGGUAGGAUUUUAGAGCGGUUGCAGGACGGUGUAGCUCGUGCGGGACUACUACGCGAAAUGUGCGAUCUUGAGUCAGAGAGCAGAGAGUUCUCAUCAAACCUCACGUACCGCGAUGCUAUACUUAAAGCACUCGGUAUUGAGGACUCAUCAUUACAGAAAGAGCUGGAAAAUCUUGGCGAUGUGGUCAAGAUUGCUAUGACUCUUUUCAAAGGCAUUCAAGACACAAAUACUGCAAAAGCAACUGGAUUUGCAAAGGGAACACUCGAGAUCGUCAAGCCGUUCUUGACCUGGGUAUUGAUCGACGCGGGGAUAGACCAGAGGUACGCGACACUUUUCUUCCAGGAAAAACAGAAUGGGAGUCCUAUUUAUCUCAUACGUCCUCUCGAAGAGAGUUUUACACAGACUCAUAAGAUCGGGAGGCCAAUUGAACCAAUCGAAUCUUGUUUCGAGUGCCAAAAUGGACGACCGUACAAGUCGCAACAAGACGCUAUGAAUCACCUCAAUCAAUUUCACUAUAGUAACAGCUCGUUGAGAGAUAAACGAACAGUGAGUAGUCAUUUUGUGCGUACCGAAAUCGCUGUUCGCAACGAGCGAGUCAGCAAGCAGCAACUACAGCUACUGCAAAUAUGCAUAGAACACCUUGAAGAGUUGGUCAUACGAGGCGAAAAGCUAUAUCUAGGGAUUGCUGAGGACAAAGGAAAAGACCGCCGGCAAUAUCAACUACCUGAUGGAUUGAUUGAUUGUUUCGAAGAUACAGCAUUUCUCUUGAUGCAAGCUACAUCAUCUGUCGUUGCUGUAAGAAACGAAGCAGACACAUGGAAGAAUACUUUCGGUCAAGCAAUUGACGAUUUGGAGACCCCUUCUUUACAAACCGCACUCGAGAAAACAGGCAAGCUGGCAGAGUCUGGCCGAGCCUCUAUGACCAAAGCUGAAAAGGCCUUGAUUCUUACAGUAGGCGAAGACAUCAUGGGCAGUAUGGGCAGUACGGGAAAUGCAGGACCGGAGUUGCUGGUCUCAGUCCUGCUCCAGAAUAUUGGAAAAAGAAGUCCUUUAGAUGGCGUAGAGAUGGAUAUCAAUCAGCUCUAUCAGGAGUAUACUUCGAAAUUGCAAUACCAAAUCAACCAGUUCCCUCGCAAACGUCUUCUCAGAACCAUCCACAAACUCCAGGAAGAGCUCACUGUAGUUCAGCUCGUGAACUCUUGGCAACAGAAGGCUUUCGAUUCCUUACUACAAGUUCUCGACCCACAAACAUAUAUCAAACCUCCGCUCGAUCGCGACAGUCUUUACCUACCGGAGUCGGAGUGUAUCAAUGACAGUCUCAAACUCUUACAAGUCAAAGCUGUGGAGCUCAAAGCUCUCGAGAAUCGGACCCAAUACCUUCGAGAGCAACUGAAGCAGAGUGUGGAGAUUCUCGAGGAAGACCAUGGCAAAGCUAUCUUGGUGUUCACUAUGAUCACCACCAUCUUCCUCCCCCUGUAA